AGGGUGCGCACAGACCUGUUCAGCUCAGCGUGUGACGGAGAAGGGUGGAAGUUAGAGCUAUGGCCAUGAUUCUCAUUGGUCGGUGGGAACGUGGGCGCCGUGCCCUCGCGACGCUGACGCAGUGACGUACGGGAGCGACUUGGUCCGAUUCCCAAGAUGGCGCCGCGCAGGGAGCGAAGGUGUCGUUGUCGUUAGUGGCCUCGCUGUGUUGUGGGACCCUCGCGUGCUUGAUUCCUGCUGUCUGAAAACCCAUUGUCUGAAAACGUAUCAAGCAGGAACAAUUCUACUUCAAUAAAUGAAGGAAAAUAAAGAAAAUUCCAGCCCUUCUGUAAAUUUGGCAAACCUGGACCACACAAAACCAUGUUGGUACUGGGAUAAAAAAGAUCUGGCACAUACACCAUCACAGUUAGAAGGACUUGAUCCAGCUACUGAGGCACGAUACCGCCGAGAAGGAGCCAGAUUCAUAUUUGAUGUAGGAACACGUCUGGGACUACACUAUGACACUUUGGCAACUGGAAUAAUUUAUUUUCAUCGAUUUUAUAUGUUUCAUUCCUUCAAACAGUUCCCAAGAUAUGUGACUGGAGCCUGCUGUCUCUUCCUGGCAGGAAAAGUUGAAGAAACUCCAAAAAAAUGUAAAGAUAUAAUCAAAACAGCUCGUAGCUUACUAAAUGAUGUACAAUUUGGACAGUUUGGUGAUGACCCAAAGGAGGAAGUGAUGGUCCUGGAGAGAAUCUUAUUACAAACAAUAAAGUUUGAUUUACAAGUGGAACAUCCAUACCAGUUUCUUCUCAAGUAUGCCAAACAACUCAAAGGGGAUAAAAACAAAAUUCAGAAACUGGUUCAAAUGGCAUGGACAUUUGUAAAUGACAGUCUCUGUACUACGUUGUCACUGCAGUGGGAACCUGAGAUCAUAGCUGUUGCAGUUAUGUAUCUGGCAGGCCGUUUGUGCAAGUUUGAAAUUCAGGAGUGGACAUCAAAGCCAAUGUACAGAAGAUGGUGGGAGCAGUUUGUUCAAGAUGUACCUGUUGAUGUUCUGGAAGACAUCUGUCACCAGAUCCUGGAUCUGUACUCACAAGGGAAACAGCAAAUGCCUCAUCAUACUCCACACCAACUGCAACAGCCACCAUCCCUUCAAUCUACACCUCAGAUGCCUCCAGUACUACAGUCGCAGCAAUCUCAAAGUUCAGAGCAGUCACAGACACAGCAGCAAAAAGAGUCCCAGCAGUCAGUGCAACAGCAACAGCAGCAACAAACACAACAAUCUAAGAAACCCUCUCCUCAGUCAAGUCCUCCAAGGCAGGCUAAACGUCCAGCGGCUGUAUCUCCCAAAGAAGAAACCAAGGCAUCAGAACCACCACCAUCUAAAAUUCCUAAAAUUGAGACAUCUCAUCCACCAAUACCUCCUGUGCACCCACCUCCAGACCGUAAGCUUCCUUUGACAACUGCAGUUUCAAUGGGAGAAGCAGAGCAAAGUACUACAGUAGACUCUGUAGAGAUACCAAAGGUCCAGAUUCCUCCUCCAGCUCAUCCUGCACCCGUACAUCAGCCACCACCUAUGCCUCAUCGUCCUCCACCACCUCCACCUUCCAGUUACAUAACCGGGAUGUCCACUACAAAUUCUUACAUGUCAGGGGAAGGUUAUCAGAGUCUUCAGUCAAUGAUGAAAACCGAAGGACCAACCUAUGGAGCUUUGCCACCAGCUUAUGGACCACCAACUCACUUACCGUAUCAUCCUCACGUGUAUCCUCCUAACCCUCCUCCACCUGUUCCUCCACCUCCGCCUACAUCAUUUCCACCCCCUAAUAUCCCACCACCUACUCCUGGGUACCCUCCUCCACCUACGUACAAUCCUAACUUCCCACCUCCACGACUGCCUCCAACUCAUCCACCUCCAGGGCUGGGAAUGCCACCAGCCAAUUAUCCCCCUCCCACAGUUCCCCCUGGUGGACAACCACCAGUACCACCUCCAAUACCACCACCUGUUAUGCCACCUGUUGCAGGACUUGGACGUGCUACAUGGAUGAGAUAGCAUGAGAAUUGUGUACAAAUAUCUUUUAAUUUUGAGGAAUAGUUUAAAAGGCAGAAUAAUUGAGCAGUGACCAUAUUGUAAAGAUAAAUAGGAAAGUAAUUUGUAUAAUCUAGAUUCUGGUAUAGUAUAUAAAGACAUGGAACAGUGAAAUGGAAUCUUAGUUGACCUACUUGCAGUAUUGUUAAUGGCAAGAUAUAUAGGCUUUUAAUAUAGACACGGCAGAGCUAAUUAAAAAUCUAAAUUUAUACAUUUGAUUUAAAACUAAGUUGUCUGACUAAAUUGUCUUGAGUUAUUCCAACACUGGAUUACUUUGUACUAGUGACUUUAACCAGCCAUAUUGGCUCAUUUAUAUCGGUAAGAAGUAAAUUUUCUUCUAGAAAUCAGUGCCUACUUUUGAGUAUCAAAAUAGUCAGAUAUCCUGAAAUUCCAUCUAGAGUGUAAAAAAAGUUCAUUUUCAUUAAGUAACUCUCCUCUUAAUGUUAAGCAUCAGAGCUACUUUAUUUAAUAUGUAUAUAUUUACAACCCCCAGCUGACAGAAAUCAUUUUGAGAUGUUUGCCUUGCUAAUAUUUUUGUUUUGGAAUGUACUGCUAUCUUGAAAAAUUAAGUAUGUUUACACCUAUUUGCAAAUUCCUGUACAUAAAUAUAUAUAUUUUCUAAGUGUGAAAGUCUGAAUGUAACAACAUACUGUGAUUUACACCUUGGUUAUAAAUAGGACUGCUUCAUUCACUUGUACCCAAAUAAAAUUGGAUCUGAAUUUAA